AUGAUCAGCUACGGCAUGGCCAAGGCUGCAGUUCACCAGCUCUGCCAGAGCCUGGCCAGGAAGAACAACGGCCUGCCGCUCGGGGCUGCGGGCGUCGCCCUGCUCCCGGUCACCCUGGACACCCCAGUGAACAGGAAGUCGAUGCCUGAGGCCGACUUCAGCUCCUGGACGCCCUUGGAGUUCCUGGUCGAAACCUUCCAUGACUGGAUCACAGAGAAAAACCGACCAAACUCAGGAAGCCUAAUCCAGGUGGUGACCGCGGAGGGGAAGACGGAGCUUACCGCAGCAUCUCUAGAAACCUCGUUUCACCGUCUGUCAGAAAAGUCAUCAGUCCAUCCGUGUGGCCGAUGUGGCCCUCGUUUUCUGUAA